CGUGACAUCACCACGCUCAUUCAGGCCGUUAAGUCCUACAGCUGUGCGCAAUGAAGCCAACUUUGACGGGGAAAAUAAACGUGCUACCGGGUUUUAGGACGUUAUAUCCUCUAAACUAAGAUAACGCGAACUCGUUAGCAGCGUGUUUAUUGUUGUCACUACGCAUGAAGGAAACAUAGGGCAGUCAUUGGCAGUCUACAGUGUGUUGGCUACGAUGACAUAGUAGUUUGCUGCACUUAGAGUGUGUCUUUGCAAUCCGCACUUGUAUAUCUCGGAUCAUAGUUGACGGCUCACGCUGAAAACGGCUUUUUAAGAUAUAGCCUGCUGCAAGGUGACAUUGAGCUUCCCGGAAUAGAUAGGUGUCACCAAUGGCCAUGAUGACCUCCACCCCGGCCACCUCGGCUAGCCGCUCUACGCGCUUUACUAGACGCAGCACCGGCGGAGCGUCGCCGUCCCCCGUCAGCCCGACCAGGCUCAGCCGUGUGCAGGAGAAAGAAGACCUCCGCCAACUAAACGACCGACUUGCCAACUAUAUAGAGCGCGUCCGACAGCUCGAGAAUGAGAAGUCAUCUGUGCAACUUCUCCUGGAGGAGAAGGAGGAAACUGCGACUAGGGAGCUGAAGAAUGUGCGGCUGCUGUACGAGACUGAGCUGGCCGAUGCGAGGAAGGCCCUGGACACCACUGCGAACGAGAGAGCCAGGAUUCAGAUUGAACAUAGCCAGCUGUGUGAAGACUACCGCAAGUUGGUGGCGAGGAACAGCAAGAAGGAGGCAGAGCUGACCAGUGCUGUUGACCGCUGGAGGAAUCUCGAAACUGCCCUAAACUCCAAGGAGGCAGAGUUUGCUAAUUUACUGGCGGCCAACCGCAGGCUGGAAAACGAUGUUGCUGACCUCAAGACGCAAGUGGAAAACCUGGAAUCAGCACUGGCGAAUGCCAAAGCUCAGAUCAACUCGGAGAUGCUUCGUCGUGUGGAUGCUGAGAAUCAGAUUCAGACUCUUCAAGAGCAGAUGGACUUCCAGAAGCAUGUCACAGAACAGGAAGUGCAAGAGAUGCGCAGUCGGCUGGAGAGUCGCCUGGUGGAGGUGGAGUCGGGCAAGCAGCAGGAGUUUGAGAGUAAAUUGACAGAAGCAAUGCAGCAGCUCCGUCGAGAGCACGAAGGCCAGAUCCAGCAGUACAAGGACCAGCUGGAGAGUACCUUUAAUGCUAAGUUGGAUAAUGCCAAGCAGGUUGCGUUAAAGAACAGUGACUACGCCGCUUCAACCAAAGAAGAGCUGGAAGGUGCCAAACUCAAGCUGGAGUCUCAGUCUGUGCAGAUCGGCCACCUGCAGAAACAGAACUGUGCGCUGGAGGCCCAGCUCCAGGAACUGGAGCACACGCUGGACCGCGAGAGGGCGCUGGCACACCAGAGGCUCUCUCAGAAAGAGCAGGAGAUGGCCGACAUGGGACAGCAGAUGCAGGCACAGCUGGAGGAGUACCAGAGCCUGAUGGAUGUCAAGCUCAUGCUGGACAUGGAGAUCACUGCCUACCGCAAGAUGCUGGAGGGAGAAGAGCAGAGACUCAACCUCUCCCCGAGUCCGUCUCAGCGCGCGGCGGAGUCCCGCACGCGCACGCAGGCAGCGCAGAGAGCCGGGGGCAAGAAACGGAAGCAUGAAGGGGGCUCAGGCCUCUCGCCGAGCUACAAAGUGUCCCAGCAGUCCUCUAGGCGUGGCUGUGUAUCUAUUGACGAGAUCGAGCUGGAUGGAAGCUUUAUAAGGCUCAAGAACAACUCCGACCUGGAUCAACCACUAGAGGGCUGGGUAAUUAGGAAAAGCCAGCCAGGAACACAUGACGUCAUCUUCCAGAUCCCGCCGUCCUGUGUCCUGCAUGCAGGACAGACACUAACGAUCUGGUCUUCAGGCGCUGGAGUGGAGGAGGAUCCGCCUACUGACCUGGUAAUGAGGAGCCCACAGACGUGGGGAACAGUCAGUGGUGUCCAGGUCUCUCUCUUCAACGCCCACAAUGAGGAGACAGCCAACCGCUCGGUGGUUUGUGUGCGGGGCCACGAUGAGGGAGACUUUGAUGUGGAACUCCACGAACAGAGCGGGGUGGGCCCCAAGCUUCACCUGCGUCGACAGGCCAAACGAAAGAAAAGGAGAUGCUCUUGUGCUCUGUCCUGACCCGGCACUGCUCAGCGAGAGCGGCAGGGCGUGGCAGGAAACCAGGAAGCCAGCUGUGCCCUCAUGUAACUGUCCUCCGGAUCUGAUGUACGAGGCGCCUUGUGGAUGCACCCCUCCAGGCGGCUGCAUGUCUUUGGGAAAGAGUUUGGAUAUAAUCUCUCGGCCUCACUUCUGACUCACGGACCCUUAUGCCGAUGACAUUUUAAUCAAGAUACAUUUCUCCACGUACUCAUGUUUGCUGAGCUAGAGGCGAGAACUGAGUAGUCCAGCAGUCUUGGGCCAUGAAAUUGAACACCCACGAUCCCUGACCAAGGAUUGUCCCCUCCCUACUGAACCUCAGAUGAACAGUGCAUCCCCAGAUUUGCAUAAUUGAUAGAAAUAAUGUGUUUAAACAUCGGAACUCUUAUAUAACCAUGAGAAGCUGUAUUCUGAUAUUUAGAUAUAUGGUAUAGAAAGCAUUUUUAUACUUUGGUAGAAAAGGUGGUCAAAAAUGUAGCACUAGUCAUGUGCUGUGUGAUCAACUACUGGACAACAAUCAACCAACCCCAUGAUUUUACAGAAGCAAACCUCAUUAAAAAGGUGUGAAGCAAAUUUGUAGUUUUGUUCCAUUUCAGCUUUACUUACACUAGUUUGAUUUACUUAUGUUUUUGUGCCUUUUUAUGUCUGUGCUUGCAAAGGUUUGACUCAAAUUCUUUUUUGUUCCCAUCCUCAGCCUUCUGUAGACCUUGACAUGGAUCUUUAAGGUCAUUAGGUAUUUGUUAUUGGUCCUCCAGUUUAUACACUUUUUGUAUAUGUAUAAAUGUAAUUAAAAUUUUAAUGCAGUCACUCA